GGCUACGUUCAGCAGAGAAAGCAGAUCAGUAAGAGUUCAGUGAUUCUUUAUUAUGAUUGGUUUUUACUCUUACUUCAAUGAAGUUCUAAAGGCAAGGACCAAUCAUAUUGAAAAAUCACUGAGCGCUCACUGAUCUGCUUUCUCUGCUGAACGCAGCCAAUGGUCUCUCAAAUAAUAUCGAAAGCUGGUCUGCCUUGCACCUGUGUAUUUUGAUUUCUUAUUGGAUCAUAAUCAAUUAAAAAAAGAAGAAGCUAAAUAAUAAAAAUAUUUUAUUCAAUUUUAUUGAUGCAGUAACAUAACUGACUUAUGGAAAAUUGUAUAGUAAAUGGAAACAUCAAUAAUGAUUUACUUUCACAAUCCUAUUCCCAAAGUAUCGAAAGGAUUACGGGGACCAAAGACGACAUCUUUGAUUUUCAAAUACCAAAAGAACUUUUGGAAGUUAGGAAAAAAACUUGGAGCAAUCUGUUUAAUAAAUAUUCCAAGGAGAUAGCUGAUGAUAUAGAAUUAAAUGUUGAUACUUUGGAACCUCAAGAAGAAGAGGAAGAAAAACAGGGAACAGGAGAAGAAAAAGAAAUUAGCGAGGAAGAAUAUAGCUGUGGACGACGAAUACACCGGACACCUAUGCGUAUACCUGCAACUUUAGUACAGUAUUGGAUAAAUACUGGUAAUCCACCAUAUAAGAUGCUUCUAAAUGAGAGUAAAGUAUCUGAAUCAGGUUCAUCUCUAAGUGAAAAAGAAACUACAUUGUUAGCAUCUUUAGUUCCAAAUGCAACAAAUAUGAGAAAUGUAACCGAUGAGCAAAAACACAGAAAUGAUUCAUCUUGCAGUUCUGUAGAUACUGCAGCUUAUAUUCGAUCAAAUACGUAUAUUACGAAGAAAGCUGAUACUAUGGCUAUUAUAGAAGGUGCAAAAUGUAUUCAGUCUAAAUCUUUAAAAAAGACUAUUUCAGUCAUCAAAGAUGCAGACGUUACAUCCAAUAAUAAGAUUAAACAUAUAGGAACCGCAAGAAUUGAUCGUAAGAUACAAAACAAUGACAAUAAUGUUAAUGCUAGUAUUUUAAAUAUUGAGUUACAUAGUCCAAUGGAAUGCAUGACAGAAAUAUAUGAUCAAGCGGAUACUAGCGCACUAAUGUCUGCUGAUACAGUACUAUUUGAUAUGCGUUCGCAGAAUUUAUCUCAUGAGGAGACAAAUAAAAUAGAUGAGUUAAAUGUCAAUCAAAGGAGCUUAAAUAUACAUACUAUAGACAAUAUUGCAUCCACUUUUCAAGAAUUUGAUAAAGCAUCAAAACGAUUGAUUGGGAAUAAUAAAAAUAAUGACGAUGCAAAUCAAGAUCAGAGGUUGGAAAAGAAUACUUUACAUAAGAAACAGAUGAAAUAUCAAAGUAAUAUCACUCGAAAAAUUAUUGCGAAGGAUACGAGCCUGGCAGCUUUCCGUUGUAAAAAAUUAUAUACAGGCAGGGAUUCACCUGUGGAUUUAAUACUAACCGAAAUACACGAUACAAACAGAUUAUCUAGAGCAAAACAAAGUUUACAUCCUGCUUUAGAUUCCGAUAGUAUGAUUAACAAAGAAACAUUUGUAUUACAUAAAAAUAAAGAUAAACUUUCUAAUAGAAACAAUAUUGGAUCUAAGAAUGUCAAAAGGAAAAGGGAAAAAGAACGUGCUUCCAUUUUUAAUAAAAUUAGUACAGAUAAACAUACAAAUAAUGGCAAGAUUCAAGAUUUCAAUAUUGACAACUCUUACAAGAGCUUAUCAGACUCUCAGCAUGAUUCACAUCAUAGACAGUACGACAUUUCAUUUCAGAAUGAUAGUAAUAUAUUUGUACAAAAUGUAAAAUGUAAACCAAAUUUUACAUCCAUUAAUCUACAACCAGUUGUACUUUUAGAGCGGAUUAAGCCUUUCUAUAAAGAGUAUGAAUUUAAAUCUGACGAAAAUAUCCAUAUUACGGAUAAAACAAGUAUAUAUGAUGACAAACGUCUAAACAAAUGUAGAAAACUAUAUUAUAAAUUCGAAAAUCUGAAAUUAGAAACGAUAGAUGACGAGAGUACCACAUUGAUUUGUCAACGUAACGUGGCUGAAUUGCGACAUGUCUCUUCGUGUUUAAGUGAUUGUUCUUUUGAUCUAAAAUUGAAUGUUGAAGACGAUUCUGUUUUGAAUGCGAGAAAGAAAGAUGGCAAAAUAUCAAAGAUAAGUUUAAAAGAUUCCGAAAUGAGUCAAAAUAGAAAGUCAUGUAUAGAAGAAUUUCCACGUACACAAUUAUUAAAUAAACAUAUUAACUCAACGAUAGAAUCACAAAUUUUGAAUAAAAAUAAGAUUAUCGAGCAAAAUGUGCUAUUAAAUAAAUCUAAAACAUAUUCUCCUUUGUACGGGAGAAAUAAUACAGAUAACGUGAAAUUGCGAGAGAUUAAAAUAAUGUUGGAACGAUUGCCGUUAUUAGUAAAACAAUGUGCGAAUUCAGAGGCGAAAAUACAAGAUUUAAAUAAAAAUGACAUUAUUUGGCAAAAAGAGAUAUCAAAUAAAACGUAUUCUAAUUCAUAUGUAACCAAUAAGAAAGAUAAUGUAAAACUUCGAGAAAUUAGGAUUGUAUUGGAACGAUUACCUGCCAAUGUAUAUCUUAAAGAAGACAGCAACGUUACAAAUAUCAAUAUUUUCCACAAUAAAAAGAAGAUAUCGCAAAAUAUAAAUCUGUCAACUAAUUGUAAACGGGAACUUCGAAUAAAAAAGUUUUCUAAAAUUGAUGCGACUUGUGAAAUUGGAACACCUGUUAGAACAACUGAUCAUGAAGUUGAUAAUUAUUCGUCGAAGAUGAAUACUAAAUCUAAAGAAAAUAAUGUUAAAAUAUGCAGUACACUUGAUACUAUUCUAAAUAGAAAUGAAAGUUUUGAUAAAGUAGAGUCAGAUUUUGCAUUUCGACAUAAAACAUUUCAACACAAAGAUAAUGGUAAAAUAAGUCAAGAUGAUCAUAGUAAAUGUAGAAUUUUAACUUUUACAUCAUCAGACGAAGAUGAUUUUGUCGAAUCAUUACAUCCUAAAAAAAGAUUAAAAGUAAAGUCAACAAAUGAUAAAAUGUUAGAAACAAAUAUUGCUGGAAAAAGUUACAGUUUAUAUAAUCAAACCAAUUCGGUUACUAGUAAUAAAAACAAACAUCGUUGUAGUGAAAACUUAAAUAGAGUAAUCCAUUCAUCGGAAAAGACUGUACGGAAAAAUAUUGGAUUAAUAAAUGAAGAAAAAAAACACGGUGAAAUUUUCGAGAUAAAAUCUUUUGAUAGUAUGCAGCCGACAACUGCCUCCAUACAGAUGUGUAAAAAUGAAAGAUUUAUAUUCUCAAGUGCGAAUGGUAAUAGUAUUUCUGAUAAUUCAAGUGAAUGUAGGAGAAAAACUUCGUUCUUUGAUCAUGAUACAAGCAAUAAUGGUACAAUAAGAUGUUCAAAUAGAAUGAUAAAGAAAAAUGGAAAAGAGCAGAUUAAAGAUAAAAUCCAUGUUACAUUCUUCCAAACAAAAACAUUUUACACGAACUCUUCAGAUUCUGAAGAAAGUAAUAGUUAUACUUCGUCUAGUUGUAAAAUGUUAAAAAAUUUUACCACAAGUAAUAAAUUGCAGUAUCGCAAUUGUGCUAAUUCAAAAGAAAUCUUGGAUAAUUCUAUUGUAAAAAAGUAUAGUAAAGGAUAUUUAGGUUCAUUGAAUUCUUCUCUUGAAAAGUAUGACCGGAUGCAUAAUGAAAGACUUAAUUCGAAAUCAAUCGAGAAAAAAGUUAAGGUAAAUAAACGAAUAGCUAAUAAUAAGGAGUCUGAUAAUGAUAUUAAUUUGAAAAUCGAUAAUACAAGAAAAGACACAUCUUCCUCUUUUCUUACAAACGAUGUGCAAGAUGCAUCUGUGCAAGAAAAGAUAUUUCUUAAUACUAAUCUUGAGAGAACUAAUUUUGAUCGUAUAUCGAAAAAUACGGAAAUUUCUCACGAAUUAAAAAAUUUAGGUGCCAUUCAGCAGGACGAUGUCACAUCUACGGUAAAAUUGUUAAUGUUUCAAACGAAAAGUUAUUACGAUUCUUCCGACUCGAGCGAAAUUUUGUAGCGCUUUUAAAAUAAGUUAUGUAAUAAAGUUCGUAUGUUUGCAUAAAAUAUAUGAAGAAUGUAUAAAUG